AUGGCCGAAGAAGAGAAGAAGAGAUUUCUCGAGGGCAACGAGAUGGAACUGGGAGAGAAGCAAGGCAGGACCUUCAGUCACGCUCCUCAACCCUCGAUCCCGAGAUAUACACCCCCUUCGUCGAACUGGCAGAACAACCCCAUUCUUCCCGUUGUCAGCUAUUGCGCCUCGUCUAUCUUGAUGACCGUGGCCAACAAAUACAUUCUUUCGUUUCCUGACUAUAAUCUGAAUUUCUUUCUGUUGGCUGUACAGUCAAUCGUCUGCGUCCUGGCAAUCCAAUCCUGCAAAACGGCCGGCAUUAUUACGUAUCGGGACUUCAAAGCAGACGAGGCCAAAAAAUGGUUUCCCAUCUCCCUCCUUCUCAUCGGAAUGAUCUACACGAGCACUAAAGCCCUGCGAUUCCUCUCAAUCCCCGUCUACACCAUCUUCAAGAACUUGACCAUCAUCCUGAUCGCUUACGGUGAGGUGCUAUGGUUUGGAGGCUCGGUUUCGUCCAUGGCACUUUUCUCCUUUGGAUUGAUGGUCUUCAGCUCCGUCAUUGCGGCAUGGGCCGACAUCAAACACGCUCUAGAGUCACAUGGAUCUGCUUCGGCAGCCGCAACGGCGCAACUGGCGACUUUGAAUGCCGGAUAUAUCUGGAUGAUGGCCAAUUGCCUGUCUACUGCAGCCUACGUGUUGGGAAUGCGCAAGCGCAUCAAGCUUACGAACUUCAAGGAUUUUGACACUAUGUUCUACAACAAUCUCCUUACCAUUCCCAUCCUCUUGAUCGCCUCCCUGACCCUGGAAGACUGGUCCUCCGUCAAUCUGACGAAGAACUUCCCGAUGGACGCGAGGAACGCAAUCAUUGGCGCCAUGAUUUUUACCGGCUUAUCCUCGAUUUUCAUUUCAUACACGUCGGCGUGGUGUGUGCGGGCCACAUCCUCAACCACGUAUUCGAUGGUCGGAGCGCUGAACAAACUCCCCAUUGCCGUCUCCGGCCUCAUCUUUUUCGACGCCCCCGUCACACUCCCUAGCGUCUCGGCCAUUGUCGUCGGGUUUGUUAGCGGAAUCGUCUAUGCUCUCGCCAAAGUUCGAGAAUCUGCUAAACCCAAGACAAUACUUCCCACGACAAAUACUAUGAGCGCCAGCAGCCAAAGUAACCGAGACAGCUUGAAGGCAUGA